UCUCCACCACCAAUCGCCAUUUGCGUGCGUGUCGGGCGGGAUAAAUUUCGACAUAUUAGCUAGUUUUGAGCGUUAUUUAUUCGGGAACAUUAGUAAAAUAGUGAAAGUGACUACUGGGGAGCAUAAUUGCGGUGCUUGUUUGUUUCUUAGCGCGGUUGCACUCGAUUAAAUUCGAUUUCGCUUGGUUUGUGAUUCGUACUUUGCCACACUGUGAAUCUCGUGCGCUUCUUUUUCUCAACUGCGUUUUAAUACCCGCAGCUGGUCUUCUCUUUCGCUCUUCCUACUGUCAUUGUAUUUUGAUUUUUCCUUCCGUCCGUCGCGUUUCGUUUCGCUCUUCUUGCUGCCAUUGUGCGGUUAUUUCUUAUUGGACAGGCAGGAGAGCAGUAGCAGCAACAGCAGAGUAGAAAAAUGUGCUUUCGAUCGGAGAAAAUUUUGAAAAAGGUUCAAUUUGUGCAGCUUCAAAUUCUCCGAUCUUUGGAAGGCUUGUGAAAAAAAAGUUGUGAACGGAGUGUUUUUCUCGAAUAACGUCCCCAGUGAAUAUGCUGAAAUAACUCCAGCAGCAGGAAUCGAAGAAUUGGGCAGCAAUUUGCUCGUGAAGUGAACUUUCCUGGAGCAAAGGAUCGAAACACGCCAUGGAUACGUCAGCAUCGGUGGAAAGCACGAGUGCUUUGAUCCGUAUCAAAAACGAGCCCACGAUUGAGGGUCCAUACGAAUCUGUUUCCGAGGAAAACGCGGAUGGGCGAGCAGCACGUCAAGAGACAGUUCUGGGUCCACUGAAGAUGAAAAUUAUCCAUCGUCAGAAUCAGCACAGCACUCGGAUGAUGCUGUCUGGAUUAAGUGAAGAAACAGCAAAAGCGAAGCCUCCUGCUCCCGCCCCAGCUCCGGCUCCAUCAGCAGCAAUGGUACAAGAUUCUGCAGAAUCAUUUAACCAAAACAGUACGACACAACAGGAGGAGGAAGCACAAUGCAGCAGCACUGGCAGCAGUAGUGGUAAAAUGUCGUUCUCGGGUCCUACCGCAAAACCAGGCCCGAGCUUAUUCCGACGGAAGAAAGUGGUUCCGGUUGCAAUCGCGAGGAAAAUUGCCCAAAAAGACAAAACACGCCCACCGGUGGUGCCACCAUCGUUGGUGGGUUCAGCUCGGGAAACAAGUACCCCGCCACCACCCACGGAAUCACAACCGAAUCCAGAACCGAUUCCGGACAUAAAUCCUCCGGUAGUGCACGAUGCAAGCAAACAGUCGUCGGAAAACGUUGUUCAGCCUGAGCAGCAGUUAAUUCCAAACCAAGAGACCAUGGAUGGUGGAGAACACUCGUCAGCUACCGUCACCACCGGUAUCGCCGAUACCGCCGCCUUUACCGAGACGGAACAAAAGAGCGAGUCACAGCCCCAGCAACAGCGACAACCGGCGGCAGCAUUUCGUCGAAUCAAACCUAAGGUUUCAAUAAACAUCGCCCAGAAUAGGCCAAGAAAGUCUAUUCUCAAGAGAAGUAGCUUAGCGCAGGAUAUUCCACAGGGCAGCAAUGAGCCUAGCAAAUCUUUGCAGGAGGAUGUCGCACCGAUCGGCCCUCAGGAGACCGAUUGUAGUGCGACCCAAGACGACAGUUACAAGGAAAAGGAGCAGAAAAAGGAGGCGCAUGAAAAAAUGGAAAGGGUCAGGGUGAAAGAGGAUGAUCGGCGCCAUGAAAGGGAAGAACAGGCUCACAGAAUACGAGAACGGGAGGAGGAAGAGUUGUGUUUGAAGGAGAAGCAAGAGUUAAUGGAAAAUCGUUGGAUACAUGAGCAGAAACCGGUAGAAGAGAUUUUUCAUAAGCCGCACCAGGCGGGGUCUCAGGGAGAUGGAGCCAGUCAAGUUGAGGGUGAAAAUACGGAAAAAAUACAGGAUAAGGUCGACACCGUUGAAACCCUAUCGGCGUCAAUAGAGCACAAGCAAGUGAAACCUGCGGUCAAUUUAAACAGCAGGAAACGCUUGAAAAUUCCACCGGAGGUUUGGAAGGCGCAGCUGCAAAGGAUGAGAACAAAGAAUACGGCACCUGCAAAAAAGAAGGAGGAUGAUUCGAUCGUCGUUGAAAACAAAAGCGAAGUUGAUCAAAGGCUCAACGAUUCUCAAUCUUCCGAAUCAACGAAUCGGGAAUAUGUUAAUGUUAUAUUUCCCGCGGAAAGUUCAGAGAUUAAAGAGAAGUCCGUAGACAUGAAUGUUUCUAACUCUACUAGCGAAAUUAGACCGGCAUCUGGGGGUACUCCAGAUUUGGCUCAAAAGCUACAGAAUUGUGUCCCUGCAGUCUGCGCAAAGGAAGUCACAUCAUCGGUCGCGGAAGAAACGCCCAAAGAUAUCGUCAUUGAGAAAUCACAAGCAACACUUGGUCCAACGAAAGCAAUACGUCGAAUAUCGAGGCUUCCUCCGAGCAUAGCAAUGAAAUUAGUGAGCUGCGUUACUGCAGGUUCCAAAAAAGCGGCAUCACCUGAAGAAACAUCUUCGGGAGGACAGAAAAUAUCGGAGAACCUGGCCGUUGCUGAACCGUCACAUGUUAUGUCCGUAAAUGAAACGAAAAACGAGUCUGCGCCAACUGUUCCCGAGAAGGUGGAAAAAACAAAGGAAAUACGCCGAAUAUCGCGGCUACCGCCGAACAUUGCCAUGAAGUUAUUGGACAGUGUGGGUAAUCGGAAUAAAAAUUCUAAUAUUUCUCUCAAUGAGCCAAAAGAAGGAUCUAAUGAAUCGGGAAGCGCGAAAGUAGAACAAAAUCCUGAGGUUAGAGAACCAAGCGAAAGUAACUCUUGUGUGCAACUACCGCCUAGCAAUAAUAAUAUUCCAGUAAGUGCAAUUAAGGGCAUCCGGCGGAUAUCGCAUCUCCCUGCGAACAUCGCCCAGAAGCUAGUGAGCUCUCUGAAGCAUAAAAAUACUGUUGCGUCGCAGCCCGAAAUCAAUGGGACAGACAAAACGCCAACGAAAACACCGCCCGAGGAACAAGCCACGAUUACGCCGGUUACUUCUCCGGACGACACUAAUAAGUCUGCCAAAUCCACAGAUAAGGCAAAACAGAAGGUGCAAAUACUGUCCCAGGUGAUUCUUCCUUCCGCGUCGUACAAUUUGGGAGAAAUAUUGGCAAGAAAGUCCGGGGAAAGCAUUAAUACUAUUCCGUCCGGUAAGAUGCCCUUUCCGUUUCCUAUGCCCUCAACGAGAAAUACAACAGUUACAGUGGAUACAAUGCCUGAAGUGGAAGAUUUGAAGCCAGAGUCGGACGUUGAUGAGGACAUUACAGCGCCCACAAGCAGUAAAGAUUCAGAGCAUGACCGCAAUUCCUUCGAAGGCAAUGGUUUGGAUGAUCCCAUCCAAGAAGAGGAACAAAAUAUGCAUCAAGACAUAUCGGUUGAUGAGACAACUGGGCAAAGAGUCACAGAACAAGAGGAGUCUCAGAUGCAUACCAUUUCGCAGCCUGAUCCAGAAGUCGUACCUCAGGUUCCACAAAUACCUCAAAUGUCUUUGCCUCGACCAUUUCCUCUCAACGUAAACACAUCUCAACAAAAUUAUCAGAGGCCAGCGCCGCAUGCUUCAAUGAUUGUUCAGCAAGCUGUCAAUAUUUCCCAACCUCAACCAAACAUAGCCUUCAUCGCGAAUACCCAAUCGCAACCUCAACCAAUAGUUUCGUCUGCUUAUCAACAUGUUCGGCCAUCGCAUCCGAUUAACUACCCAAACGUAGCAAUAUUUCCGCGCUCUCAAAUACAUCAGCCUUCCCCGCAAAUGGUUGUGAAUCCCGUCAGCAUCCAACAUCAGCCACAGCCGCAGCAACAACAGCAGCAUCAUAUUCGACCGCAGCAACGCCAUUCCUUCGCUCCCACACGAAUUUUAUUAGUGCAACAUCCGCAACCUUCGUCGGGAAACAACCACAAAUACGUGCCCCACAUUCAGCCGCAAACGCAGCAGCAUUUGUUGGUUCCAAGGUCGUCCCUUUAUCAGCGAAAUCCAGCAGCAGCAGCUGGUCAUAGCCCCAAUCAAAUUAUAGUUCCUACGCCCCGAUUUCUGAUCACUGGUCACCACACAAUGCCAAACCAGUUGCAACAACAGCAGCAGCAGCAGCAGCAUCAGCAGCAGCAUCAGUCGCAACAGCAUCGCGUUCCUGUUCGCUACAUGAUCCGGACAUCGCCCCAAAAGCGAGCAUUCCGACCGGUUGAAACUGUUGCUGUGUCCAGCUCAUAUACUCAUCAUCAGUCGCAGCAACAGCAGGAGUCUCCGCCGCAACCUCAGCAGCAUCAAGCUCGCAUCAUUCCGAAAAUAGUUAUCGACAGGAGCUACGUGGAGAGCGACUCUCCGCCAGCUAUUGCGUCCCACCACUCGGACGAUCAAAUGUGCUCCUCCGAUCCAUCGGUGGAACUCAAGCAGUUCUCACCAUGCUCACAAGCGAUUAAGAAUAAGCUGCGGGAUAAAAUACGCGCAAGAUUGUCACAAAAAAAUGAUGACGAGGUGACCGACCCCAGACCGGUGCCAGCAGCAAGUCCCCCCACCCAAUCGGCUUCGAACUCGUCAGUUUUCCGUAUGCACCAGCCCCAGCCCCAGCCCCAGCCCCAGUCCCAGCGGUUGUCUUGCUUCCCGAGUACACCAACGGAAGAGCAACAAAUGGCGGUUAGUCGAGCUGUGUCUACUCGACCGGUUGGAUUCCAGAGGCAGGAUAUGUACACGAUAGUUCCGAGCGCUCCUACCCAUUCGACAGCUCGUCCCAUUCGACAGUACGUUUAUGGACAAGGGAAAAAGAUAUAUCUCACCAAGAUCAGCGUCGUGAAACCGGGACAUUCUGAGAUAAGGCAAAUUGGUGUCGGUAGUAAUAAUAAUGGUGCCUUCGUUGAUAGCAAUCCGUUGCUACCGUCACGUGAUCAACCGAGCGACUCGGUGGCGCCCCCGAACGUUCACAUCGUCCUGAAAAAUCCCACGAAACAGCCGUGUCGGCAGCAAUAUGACAGUGCCUUCCACGGGUAUCCCCAGUCGGCGAUUAACAGCGAGAUGCGAGAUUUCCAAAAAUUCCGAGAGGCAAUGAAACAACUCGAGCGGAAUAUGAGUCCUGAACCGACGAUGACUACGACGGGGAGUGGCGGCACCAGCGCCGUUGAAGAAAUCAAAGAAGAAGAUUGUAAGCAGGAGGAGGAGGGGGGCGAUGACUCACCGGUUCCGGCGACGACAGCUCCCGGCGGCUCGGAGUGCGAAAUGUUUAUCAUUACCGAGUUGAAGGAUGAACGCGGCGUUGCUGGCGGAAGAAAAACGACGCCGGGGGCUGCAGUUGGCGUGAAAAAAGAACCAGUGGUGAGGCCCUUGCCGCCGACAACACUCCCCAGGAUAAACGUGCGCCGCAACACUUUCGUGGUUGAGAACCCCAACUGUGGCAUCGGUGUGGAGCAACUUCCACGUGUUGGAGGAGGGCUGGAAAUCGGUACAGUGUAUGAGGAGAAAAUGGAAGAGGAGAAAGUUGAAGUAGAGGUAAAAGCGGAAUCGCCGCGCGAGGAUAGUUACCUUUCGAGACUCGUUAAGGAGGAGGAAGAGAAGGGAUUAAGUGAGCUGGAGUCGGAUCAGGUGGAUGAUGAUUUGGCGCGAGAGAUUCUUGCGAUAGUGCAAAGAGAACGGGAGGAUUUGCUGAGCGAUGAUACCUCGGUUCGAAGACACAAAAAAAUAAAAAGGCGCAGGAAGAAAAGGAAACACCAAAAAAGAAAGAAGAAGGAUGGGACAGAGAAACUGCUGAGUCUGUUGAUGAAACACGUCAACCAGGACUCAUUGAUUGCGGACAUGGUGGACACUCAGCGAAAGAAAUUGCAUAUAAUAGAAAUAUCCGAUACGGAUGCUGAUGUGCAUGACGAGACUACAUGUCAUGUGAAGAGAGAGGAUUCCGAAUCCGAAGCGCCCUGCGAGCAGAAAGAGGAAUCCGAUUGCACGGAUCGUGCUGAUAGCGAAACCGACAUUUUUGCUGAGAUAUUGAAACCUUUCAAUGCAAGCUGUUGCGGGGAGAAGCCCCCAAGCUUUCAUACAGUCGAAGAGCAAUCACAUCCCAAUCUUGCAGAAACAAGAGCCGAAACUGAAGAUGUUGCAUCUGCUAGCGAAGAAAUUUGUAUUUCGAACAAAGCAGAGAAUCCUAUCCUCGAAAAAACUUCCGAUGAGGAGUCCACCCUUUCGCUCGCCAAGAGGCCAGACUCAACUGAAACUAGCGUGCCAAUCUGUGAUACACGUGCCUUACUAGUAGGAGAGCAGCCAAGGCUAGCUCCACUGGCUCCAAGAGCCCCCAAACGUAAGCUCAAACCUGCGCUAGUUUCGCGACAAAAGGUGAGAAAAGUCACGUCCGAUAACUCUGCGGAGCCUGGUGAUUACGCAUUUAAUACGCUUAAAUCGACGAAUGACGUUGUGGUUGCAUCGGCACCGGAAGUUGUUGAGAUGGUAGGAGGAGAUUCGUGUGAUUCUCUCUCGGAUCGCGGUGGUGGAUCACCGAUCGAAUCGAAAACUGUGAUAGCGGAAUCAUUUUCCGGAAAAGAAACUGAACCAAUGAGCGCAACGGUAAAAGAUAUUCUAGACGAGUGGGAGAUUGUGGAUUUGAUUGUGGAAAACGGACCAAGCGAAUCGUUGAAGCCACUCGUUCGAGAAAUUGUGGACGAAUGGGAUUCGGAAGAGAUAUGUGGAUCGUCUCAAUGUACGGAAGGAAUCGGAGGGGAAGCGGUUCCGCUCGGCAUUGUUAGUGAUACAGAAUCACGUGAGAUACCGCAGGCGGAUAUUGCCCAUGUUGAAGCCCCUCAGGAAACUUCCAAUGAAAAGGUUACCCAGAAGCAUCUUCCUCUCCCACCAGUGGAAUUACCAGUGAAUAUCGCACUGGAAGAAUGUCCGUUAAAUGUGUCUUCUUGCGAUGACUCGGAGAAAACUGUUGCGAUCUCAGAAUGUGGAACGUCUAUCAGCAAAACUGAGCUCUUCGAAGAUGAAGUUUCCACCAGCAAACUUUUCGAAAGUCCUACGCGAAUCGCUGCUCCGAAAGCGACCGUUCGAAUAGAGGAACAGCCGGUAACGAAAGACUCACAAAUUGAAGAGAAUCUAGUCCCCAUAUCGAACGUAAUGGUGACUCCGCCUCGUACGAAACCUGCUCCAGUUAAAUCACGAGAUUCCAUCACAAAGCUGCUAGCCGAUUGGCAAGAUUCCCCCAUUAAAUGUAUCCAGAAGACACCUCAGAAAGUUGCGCGAAUACUACUGGAUAGAAUCGAUACAGAUAAGUAUCUGAAUGCCAAACAUACUGAACCUGGUCCAUCGCCACAAAAGCCAGAGGCUUCCUGUACUAAAGAGGCAAUCAUCUUGCUUGAACCAAUUGAGAUUCCUGUGGUGCAGGAGCGACCAGUGUGCCGGAGCUUGCGAUCAGGAAGUUCGCGUGAAAGCAUUUCCCAGGCGAUCGAUGUUCAGGAGCGACCUCCGCUCCGCACGACGCGCAGCCGCAGGUCAGAAUUGGUUAAUAACUCGUUCAACGAGUUGACCGAACACACAUCCGCCAAGAUUUGCAAGCAAACCUCGAUCAAGAAUUGGCUCAAAAACACAAGUGAACCGUCGCCGCCGGCUGCCCUAUCAAAAACAGAUGAGCCACAAGCAUUGGUCGGUGGUUCUAAGAAAGCCUUGAGAAGCCGCGCGAAAUCAAUUUACCACGAAAAAUCUCACACCGAGGAAGUUACUCCCGAGUUCCAGAAACCCACCGGUAGAACACUCAGAAGUCGCACCAAAUCGGUGUAUAUGGAAAGUUCACCUCUGGUGGACAGCAUUAGUGCGACUCAAAAGAAGCCCACGAGAGACUCGAAUAAACCUGAAACAGUCGAACAGCCGCGCAAAUCAUCGGAGCAUAUCCCAUCGGAGCUGUCCGGAGUUGGUGACAAGGUGGAGGAAGCAGGAGGACCCGCUGGCGGGAAAGAAGAACCAAAUAAAUCUCUCAGACCAACCCCGUUUAUUUCCAACCGCGUUCCGAUUCCGAUCUCCUCCGACGAUGACGAGGACGACGCCUCGCUAGCGAAGCGCCGUAAGAUGUUCCGAAAAAAGCGCUCCACUACACGCAGCACCGCUGCCAGAGAUCUGAACGCCAACCGUCGUUUGUUCCGAAGUGCUUACCACCAAUUCUCUCCAUCUGCAGAUAACAACUUUGCUGCUGGGCAAAGCGACCUCAUCAAAGUAGAACCACCAGAAGAGCAGGAAGAAAACGCCGAUGAAUCCUCCGGGAGACUACUAUCGAUCGUCACCGUUCAGAACAACCAGGUGAUUCACGCUGAGAACUUCGAUAGCACCACUCCGCGUAAAAGUCAUGUACCGAACAGCCUUCCGCAGCAAGCUGUCCCUAUGGCGACAUCCACUCCCACUCUUGCGGCACAAGAACAUGUUUUCGCCACUCCCGAACCCGUGAAGCCAGAAAAACGCAAACGACGCACGAAGCUGGAGAUGGAAGCGGAUAGGCUGGCUAAGCUUAACCAAUCCGCGGAAAACGAUCUAACAAUGCCUCCAAAGCCGCCCAACAAACGCGUCAAGCGAGAAACGAAGCCAAGCAUCCCACCUAGCCCGGGCUCGAUCGAUUCAUCCGUGAGUGAAUUUUGUUGUGCCGCCUGUAUGCAGAGAGUACCUCGCGCCUUGUGGGAUUCCCACUACGCUAUGCACAGUGGCCUCACGUACCGAGUUGACGUCGAUCCGGAGAUCGAUCUGUACGAUGAGGGCACAGCGGCCCAGAUCGUGAUGCGUUUCAUGAAAACCCACCGCCAGCUGACUGUGCAGUGCGACAAGUGUAGCGUUGUGAAGAAAUCAGCGCUCGGGUUGAUAUCCCAUCGGAUGAUUUGUGGUAUGACGCCGGAGCAGAUCGAGCGCAGCAAGGUGGCCUGUGAGCACUGCAAACGCCGGAUGAUGGCGGUUAGUAUGCCAACCCAUCUGCUUGGGCACUGUCCGGUGCUGAAGCGGAUUAAACUCGAGAAGCAGCUGGAGGAGGCGGCGAAACAGAGAGAGGAGGCCCUCGACGACGACACGUUGUCGUUGAAUCAGAGCGGUCGAGUCAAACGGAAGGCGACAACCAUGGCUGAGAGGAGAAUUCAGAAGAUUACCUUCGAAGACAUGAUCAUCACGAUCACCAAAGCCGAAGUAACGGACGGUUGCUUGGCAGUGUGGAAAACCCAGUUCCGGAAGGCAAAGACAGCCAAAUGUGUGUUCGAGACGUGCGAAUUCAUCGGCAAUAGCGAGGCGGAAAUGCGCCAUCAUCACGAGUUCUGUCCGUCGCCCUGCAAGCGCUUCGAGUGCCGUCACUGCAAGUUCCAAGCGGGAAAGCAGGAACUGGUGGCGAAACAUAUUAAACAGAAGCAUUCAGAGGUGCUGACGAAUGCGCUGGAUAGCAGUGGGACCGAUGCAAAGAUCGGAAGCGAAUCGUCGGACGAUGAGGGAACGUCCGGAAUGGACGAGAGGGAAGUUUCGGAAGGGAACGGAGAGACGGCGAGCGACGGCGACGAAUUGACAGCGAAGAAGAAAAAAGACAAGCUGAGAAGGGCCAACUUGGCAAACGAUCUGGCGAUCUUGAAGAGUAGAAUGGCUCAUCCUGGCAGGGAGUUUAGUGAAGAGAGCGAUGUUUAUCGAGAAAUGGUUUUGGAUGAGGUGAUUGAGUUGCGCUCAUUGAAAAGCGAGUUUCACGGGGUUUCGCGUGAAUGGACGUUGGAUUAUCGCCAGGAAAACUAUGUCUCCCGUCUGUUGUUUCCCGAGUUUCGUCCCGAUUUGGAUGUUCGCCUGUUCGCGUCCAGUAUGGUUUACGAGUACAUUCCGAAACGAACCAAAUCGGUAAGAUUUACCAUGCGCGCUACCAAUUUGUACAACGCGCCGAUUCAGGUGAACGAUUACGUGGAGAAAUGGCAACAGCUGGAUACCUUUAGUGGCCAAGCUAGCGGUACGGAUUCGUUGUUCUACUGUGGUGGACCUGUGAUUGCCAUGGAUUGGUUGCCAAUGGUGGAAGGAGGAACCAUGGACCAUCAAAUUCUGGCAGUGGUUUGCAAGAACGACUUUGACGAUUAUUACCUAGCAGAUCGAAUCUAUCCGAGCAAAUGUUUGAUACAGAUUUGGGAUAUUGGAUAUUUGCACAACAACAGUUAUUCGAAAAAGGUCACCAAUUCUAUCCCUGAGCUGUUGUAUUCCAUUGCGUGUGAUUUUGGUCCCAUCUGGUCUCUGAAGUUCUGUCCCAGCGGAUGUUUCAAUUCGUCGGACUCUAGAGAUGAAUACGACCGCCUCGGAUUGUUGGCCGCUACCGGAUCGGAUGGUGAUGUGCACAUUUUUUCACUCGGAAAAAACUAUGAUCAUUUGGUGUCCAACAGCCAUCGUAUUAUUCACCUGAAACCAGUCCUACGCUUGACGCUAUCUUUGAACGACGAUUUAUCCAGUUGUCAAUACGAAGGCAAUGGGGCAGUUAAGCUUUCCUGGUCGAAGAGUAAAAAUCACUCAACGAUUGCUGCAGGGUACUCUAACGGUGCCGUCGGGGUGUGGAAUUUGUACUCUAAAUCACCUCUGCUGACCGGAACGAAGGGCGGGUGUCGGGCUCUGCUACCCGUUCGCCGAAUUUUCAUUCCAGACUCUUGCAUUACCGCCUUAGAUCUCCAUCACGCGGAGGAAAGUCGUUAUCUGUUGGUGUGCAAUGCGGACAGAAAGGUAAUGGUGUAUGAUCUCCACACCGAAUAUCUGCCGGUGGAAGUUUGCAGCGUCAAUGCUCGCAGUAAAGUUACUACAGCUUGCUGGAACGCACACUUUCCUGUGAUAGCGCUCGCUUUCGACGAUGUCUACGCUAUCGAUCGAUGUGCCCUGACAAUUCAUCAAACGCGCGAGAUCGGAGUGAGACUUUUCCCCUUGUAUACCUUCACUGCCGAAGCGACCGAUAUGAGUGCCAACGAUUGGCUCUCGAACCAUGUCAUCGGGACUGACGGUGGUGAUGUUCUGUCCCAUCAACCAAUUGCCUUUGUACAUCAAAUGGCGCAAAAGAACACUCAACAGUUGAAAUAUAUAUUGACUUCGACGAUGUCUGUGAAACUCACAGACGAACUGACGGAUACAUCGUACGCCAUGUUCGAGAACAAUUUUGGUCUGCUCUUCUCGGACAACGAUAAGAAUCCCGCCAAAAUGGACCUCAAGUCGCUACAGGUGAAAUCCUACCGGCGCGCGCUACUGCACGAAUAUCCCGGCAUCCGGGUCAACCAGGUUCGGUGGAAUCCGAAUGAAAAAUGCCAUCAAUUUUACGCUAUUGGCUAUCAGGCUGGCUUCGUGCGCGUUCGGUGUUUCCAGCUGAAGUAACGGAGGGAGCAACUCACGCAACUCACGGAUCAGGUAAAAACCAGAAAUAAGGGGGAGGAUACUAUGUAUAGUGAAGAGAGACUGAUUUGAAUAGAACUAGUUUUGCAGAUAUAGGGGUAUGAGGAAAAGAAUGGAACUCAUACGAGUUUCCGCACGCGGUAUGGUUUUCGUUUGGGAAAGGUUUUGCAGAUUUUUUUUUUUAAAUGAACUAUUGAGGCACUCUUUCUGAGUGUGCCUCAAAAACUCCUCUGGGAGUAGUCGAUUUUUGAAAAAUGAAACAUGUUAUUAUUUUAUUGUUUCAUUAAAGAAUUCCAAAAAUUGAACAUAGUUAGAAAACAAACAUACACACAUGUUAGAUGUAAAUUGUUAAGCACGCCGAUAUCUGUAACCAGAUAUAUAUUUAUUUUAAUGUACAAAUAAAUCACUUAUGAUGCAAAUUUUUUUGCUGCAAUGCAGGAUAUUAUGAA